AUGGCAAAUGCACUAAACUUAAUUGAUAUUGACACACAAACUGUGAGAUGGAGUUGUAAAGUUCGUGUCAUUAAGAAAAACGAACCAAGGAAUGCUAUUAAAUCGCCUGACAAAAAGUAUAUGCUCAUCAUCCUCGAGGAUGAAACUGGAACUCGGGUUCAAUCAAUAGUGUUUGAUAAUGACAUUGAAAUCUAUGAUAGCACUUUAAAGACCAACAAGUGGUACAUAAUUUCAAGUGCCAUUGUCAAACCUGCCCAGACGAACUAUAGAGUACUUGACAAUAAAUACAAGUAUACAUGGAUUUUAAAUGCUCAGACCAGUAUCCAAACAAGUGAUAAUGCUGACACACCAUUGCCUACCAUUGAACAAUCAUACACACAAUUCUUAGAAUUCUAUGAAUGCAUGAAAAAGUCACAAGAAAUUUCAAUUGUAGGUAUUGUCAUUGACAAACUUGCAAAAGAAUUCAUCUCAACAAUGAAUGGAAAACAAAAGAUCAAUGACUUUAUUGUUGUUGAUGAAAAUUUGAAGCCAAUUAUACUAACCAUGUGGGGAGAAUACGCUGACAAAGAGGGUUCCCUAAUCACUCGAGAAAUUGAAGCUGGAAACUACCCGGUAAUAUCAGCAGAAUAUAUUGCAGUUGUUCACUUCAAAGGAAUUUCUUUGACUACAAGAACAAAUUCAACAAUACUUUUACACCCAGAAGUACCACGAGCAGAACGUUUAAAAGAAUGGGGAACAAAGCAUCGUGCUACACUUGAUGCAUUAAAACGCUGUCGAGACUACAAUGACGCUGCCAUAAAACUUGCAAAUCCAGAAACUGCAGAAAUUUCUACAAUUGAUAGUGUCCCUCAAUCAAUUGAUCCGAGUAAACCUGUUUGGAUAAAAGGGAAAAUUAGCUUUAAGCCUCAAAUAAAAAACACAUGGUACAUUGGAUGUAGUCAUUGUAUGAAAAAGGUUUACGCAGAAAGUGACAAACUAUUUCAUUGCAUGCAUUGUGGUGAAAUGAAUGCAGUGGGAACACCAAGGUGUAAACUAGAUGUGGAAAUUACUGAUGGAAGUGGAGGCCUUGUUGCAUCUGUGUUUGGAAAAUGUGCUGAACAACUAUUACUCUCAACGAGCAAACAAAUUAUGCAAUUGGAACAACAGGCUCUGGGGGAUGCACACUCUUUUAACGGUCAUGUUGAGUUAGUGGUGAAGCUGAAAGGGUUGGAAAUAUCCCGCAGAUCAGCACUACAUAGUUUCAGAUCGAGUUGA